AUGUCUGCAUCACCCACGAUCGCAGCUUCCUCGACCAAGCGGCCGUUGGAGGAGCCUUCCUCGCCUGCCGGGCCUAACGAACAGCCUGAUGCCAAGCGCCCUGCCCUCGACAAGACGGUGAGCGAGCCCACUACCGACGAGAUUGAGACGGCGCAGCCAGUCAAGGGCGAAGGUAUUGCGACUGAAGACAUCAAACAAGACGGCGCUCAGCCGGAUGUGGACGUUGUUGAUGCUGUUGCCGAGAAUGGUGUAGAGAAUGUCCAGCCUGACACCGUUGUCCCGGAUGCACCCUCAAUCCUCGAGACUCAACCCAUCCAAUCUACUUCUGGCGCCAACGGCCGACCUCUCAGCCAUAAUCAGCAAGUUGACGAGACCAAUUGGCUACAUGUGCGUGCCUGUAUCGGCACCAGUGAGGCCGCCACUAUCAUUGGCAAGGGUGGUGAGAACGUCACUCAGAUUCGACGUCUGUCUGGUGCCAAGUGUACUGUCAGCGACUACUCUCGAGGUGCCGUCGAGCGCAUCUUGACCGUGAGUGGUCAGGUCGAUGCUGUCUCCAAGGCGUUUGGCCUCAUCGUACGUACCCUCAACCAAGAGGACCUCGAGACACCUUCCACAUCCACCUCGAAGGCAUACCCUAUGCGACUACUGAUCCCCCACAUCCUCAUUGGCUCCAUCAUCGGGAAGGCUGGUGUCCGCAUUCGUGAGAUUCAGGAGGCCUCAAACGCUAAGCUGAACGCAUCUGACACCCUUCUCCCCAACUCCGGCGAGCGCUCAUUGGUUGUACUUGGUGUUGCUGAUGCAGUGCACAUUGCAGUGUACUAUGUCGCUCAGACUCUGGUUGAACAACUGACAGAGCGUUUCGGUGGUCCUGCUGCUUCUCAGUACGCGACUCGCAGUGGUAUGGCAGCCAACGUGGUCCCAGGUGGUAUGUCUGUCCAACCCUACGUCCCUCAACCAGCCGGAGGGCAGUAUUCCCAUCCUCAGAACUUCCGCCGCGAACCCACUCAGCGCACCCCUGCCCAUGGUGGCUACGGUGCGGCUCACAUGCAUGGUGGCCAGCCACCUCAACCUUCGCCUUAUGGUCAUCCAAAUAUGCCUUAUGGGGCCGGCUCACCUGGUCGUGCUCCCUAUGGCGGUCCUGCAGCACCCACUUCGUAUGGUGGCCACCAUGCGGCAGCUCCCGUUGCGCAUGGCUCUACUCCCAUGCAGCCAGCCGUGGGUAGCAUGCCUGGACAGCCACUAACACAGCAAAUCUUCAUUCCUAACGAUAUGGUCGGUGCUAUCAUUGGAAAGGGAGGUGCAAAGAUCAACGAGAUCCGUCAGCUUAGUGGUAGCAUGAUCAAGAUUAACGAGCCUACUGACAACAGUAAUGAACGCCUUGUAACCAUCACUGGCACCCAAGAAUGCAACCAAAUGGCUCUGUACAUGUUGUACUCCAGGCUUGAGUCUGAAAAGCAUCGCAUCUAG